AUGGACCACAAUCCUGGGACAAAAGACGCCAUGGACCGGACCGACUUGGUUUCUGAGGAUGGAAAGAACAGCAAGUCUGUCCUUUGUCAGCGAUGCGGAUCUAAGGUGCUGUCCCCGGGAAUGGCUGUGUUAGCAGAGAAAGAGUUUAUCCUACCGUCCAUGCGGAAAAAAAGCAGCAUCGGCGCCACAGAGGGCUCAGUGGACAGGGACACAGUAACAGCCCACUGGUUAGUGGGGGAUAUGUUCGAUUUUGAGAAUGUAGGCUUCACUAACGAUGUGGGGAGAAUCAAGUAUCUCAUCUGUGCAGACUGUGAGAUCGGACCAAUCGGCUGGCACUGUUUGGAUGACAAGAUCGGUUACUAUGUUGCUUUAGACAGAGUGAACCAUGCUUAA